CUGAGACACAACUAAGGACCGUUUGUUGUUCCUACACCUUUAUUUAUCGUCUUGUUCACGUUCAGACGAAUGCAUCAAGCAGCACCAACGUCACAAACGACAAUCAUGACCACGAAAACCGUGAUCCCAGAUGCGAGCAGCAUGGCCGAGAUAGGUUCUAGUAGUGAAAGUCCUACUAUACCCGCGAAAGAUGCCCAACCCCAAGACGUCGAGAAGCAGCCAUCAAGAGAGACAGUCAACGAUAGGCAAAAGAAGGUUUCGGCAUUCAAAUCCCUUGGCCUUCUCGAUCGGCUUUUGGCCGUGUGGAUUUUCCUGGCAAUGACCGUCGGCGUCCUGCUAGGAAAUUUUGUCGACAAUGUCGGCCCGGCACUGCAGAAGGGGACAUUUGUUGGUGUAUCCAUCCCGAUUGCCAUUGGACUCCUGGUGAUGAUGUAUCCUAUCCUCUGCAAAGUGCGGUACGAGUCUCUGCACGAGCUUUUCUCCCACCGCACCAUCUGGAAGCAGAUUGGGUUUAGCAUCCUUGUCAACUGGAUCGUUGCGCCUUUCCUGAUGCUCGCAUUAUCAUGGGCAUUUCUACCUGACAAGGAAGAACUGCGUGUCGGCCUCAUCCUCGUCGGCCUUGGCAGGUGCAUUGCCAUGGUGCUCAUCUGGACCAGCCUCGCCGGUGGCGAUAACGAAUACUGCGCCAUCUUGGUUGCCAUGAACUCCAUCCUCCAAAUGGUUCUCUUUGCUCCGCUGGCUGUCUUUUUUAUUCGCGUCAUUAGCGGCGAAUCUGGCGUGCGGGACGUCUCGUACGAGGUCGUCGCCACAAGCGUCGGAGUUUUUCUCGGCAUGCCUCUCGGUGCCGCCAUCCUUAGCCGUUUUACCAUCCGCUGGCUCGCUGGUCCCGUAUGGUUCGAGAAGGUCUUCCUGCGCUUCGCGGGCCCUUGGUCUUUGAUCGGUCUGCUGUACACUAUCCUGGUACUCUUUGCCAGCCAAGGCCACGCUGUGGUCCAUCAGAUUGUGUCGGUGCUGCGCGUGGCCGCGCCGCUGUUCGUGUAUUUCAUACUUAUCUUCAGCGUGACGUUGUACGUGACGUACCGCAUGGGCAUGGGCUACGCACUCGCUGCGACGCAGAGCUUCACAGCUGCGAGUAACAACUUCGAGCUCGCCAUCGCCGUCGCCGUGGCAACGUUCGGAGCUAACAGCGAUCAGGCGCUGGCGGCAACCGUCGGGCCGUUGAUUGAGGUGCCGGUUUUGAUCGGUUUGGUCUAUGCCGUGCGGUGGGCUGGCAACCGGUGGGCGUGGAAGAACUGA